AUGGGCACAGAGACUAAGUACUGGCUCUUUGAGUCGGUGUCUCCAAAAGACAUUCCUUGGGUUCUCUUGUCAGUUGUUGCCGGCUUCAUCGUCCUCAACAUUGUAACCUCUGUCAUCUACAACCUCUACUUCCACCCGCUCGCCAAAUACCCAGGCCCUGCAUACGCAGCCGCCACGAGCCUCUCGUACUGGGCCGUCUCCAUCACAGGCGACCUGCUACCAUGGAUCCAGCGCAUCCACGCGCAGCACCCAAAUUCCCCCGUCGUGCGCCUCGGCCCCAACAAGCUCAGCUUCAUCACCCCACAAGCAUGGCGCGACAUCUACGGCGCGGGCUCCACCACGGCCGCCGGCAAGUCGAACCCCAAGGACCGCAUGCACUACAUCGAGGAAAAAUACGGCAUCCUGGCCAUCCACGACGACGAGCGGCACGCGCGCGUGCGCCGCAUCUUCGCGCCCGCCUUCUCCGACCGUGCGCUGCGCCGGCAGGAGGCCAUGAUCGUCGGGUACGCGGACAUGCUUGUGACAGCCAUCGCGCGGGCUUCGUCGUCGUCGUCGUCGUCCAAAGAAGAAGAAAAGGAGAGCAGCCUGGCCCAACCAGCCGUCGACAUGUGCAAGCUCUGGACGUGCGCGACCUUCGACAUCAUGGGCAAGCUGACGUUCGGCGAGCCGCUGGGCAUGCUCGAGGCGGGCGAGUUCACGCCGUGGGUGCGCGCCGUGUUUGCCUGGAACAAGGCCAUCGACCUGUCGCGCCUGACGCUCGAGUACCCCGUCCUCGACUGGCUGGCCAAGCGCCUCACGCCGCCCAGCCUCGUCGAGAUGGAGCGUAUGCACCAUGCUCACAGUGCCGACCGGGUCGAUCGCCGCCUUGAGCAGGGCAGCGACGAGCCGGAUAUCUGGAAUCUGAUACUUAGUGCAGAGGAGAAAGGGAAUGGGGGUUUGGACAAGAAGGAUAUGUAUAUCAAUGCCGGCGUAUUCAUGAUUGCGGGGACGGAGACGACGGCGACGCUGUUGAGUGGGUUGACGUGGUUGUUGUGCAAGAAUCCGGAGAAGAUGGCGAAGCUGUGCGCGGAGUUGAGGGGGAGGUUUGCGAAUGGCGAGCAGGUGACCGCUGAGGCAUUGGCGAGGCUGCCGUACUUGAAUGCGUGCUUGGAGGAAGGGUUGAGGUUGUACCCACCGUUGCCGAUUGGGCCAGCGAGGGAGGUGUGCGAGGGUGGCAACGUUAUCUGCGGGGAAUGGAUUCCGGGGAAGACUCGUGUGUCGGUGGCUCAAUAUGCCGCUUACCGCUCUCCACUUCACUUCAAGGAUCCGGACUCGUUUAUUCCUGAGCGCUGGUUGCCGGGGACCGGCCAUGAUGACGAGAAUAGGGAUAUCCUACAGCCCUUUUCGCUUGGGCCACGGAAUUGCAUCGGCAAGAAUCUUGCGUAUUACGAGAUGCGUGUCCUCACGGCAAAGGUUCUUUUGAACUUUGACCUUAAGCUCUGCCCGCAGAGUGCUGAAUGGAUGAAUCAGAAGAGCUAUACGCUAUGGGAGAAACAUCCUCUUUGGAUAACGGCAACUCCUGUGUAG